AUGAUAAUAUCGAUAACGGCAUCGCGCGCGCGCGGAAUCAAAAACGAAGCGAAUCAGCGAUUCGCAAAGUCGAGGCCAGACAGAGGACGUGGAAUUUCGUCGAAGUACAAAAAGCACACCGGCGGUAGUUCACUUAUCACAAAGUGCAAAACCUGCGCCGCAACGAGGCGUGAGUUUAACGGAAUUGCACUGAGUGGAGUGUUCAGCAUCUUGCACACCGGUUCGGUCGAGGCUUUCGAGGAUGGGAAACAGGUCAGCGCAUAUCUUCCUGCUUCUGUGGACGUGUCUGGGUAUUUUGUAUUUGAAGCUGGACAAACCCGUACUCCAGCGUUGAGGGCUGGUGCGAUUGAACCGUAUAAAAUAUCUUUGCCUGGAGACUGGAAAGAGAUCCCAGUUAGCAAUGCGAAAAGUGGAAACUACUGUCAACCAAGAUGUGAUGAGGCGACUACAGAGGUGCAGUUUGCGAGCCCUACUGCUGGAACACUUCAGGUCAUCAUCAUUCCAACGAACAAAUUAAUGAUAACAGAAAAGUCGCCUGAAAUUGAAUCGGUUGGAACGUUGGAUAGUGUUUUAAAUGCUGUUUCACCCGCCAUCACCGGAAGUGUGGCUGUUGAACAGGAAGAGAUCAUCUCACAAGAGCAAUAUUCCAAGAAUAAUCGAGGAUAUUAUCAGUACGAGCUGCUGACGCCGUUUGCGGCAUAUGGGCUCCACAAUCUAGCUUGCGUGACAACUUCUCAGAACUAUGUCGUUAUUGCUACGGUGGCAGCUAGCGAGAAGCAAUGGAGUACAUCGGAACAGGAGCUUCGCAAUGUGGUCACCUCAUUUCAAAUCAGCAAGGUCUCGCAGAAAGCACAGUGA